AUUGAUUCGCCGUGCAACGCAAGGUGCUGCGGCGGCUGGAACCGGAGCAUGCACAACAAAGGUACGAGACAGAGCACCCUAGCCAGGCGCUCCAGAAGGAUCUUAGUUUUAUGCAGAUCAGUAAAGCCCCAUUCUAGAGUUGCAAGACAGACAACCUAGUGAAGUGAUGCAUUGAAGGCCAAGACCAAGGAGGAAGGGAGCCUCAUGUUCUUAUUGGAAGACAUCAAGACAUGGCAUUGGAGGCCAGGAGUGUUUUGGUCUUGAACUCGGCAUCAGUGGGUGCUCCGGUAACCACUCAGCAGCUGCACAAUGUCUGAUCCAGACUCAGAUCAAGUUGUAAUCUUUGAUCACAGAAGAAAUGCUCAGACUUUUAACUCUGUCAUUAACUGUGGUCUUUGUUGGUGAGAAUAGCAGCGCCCAAGUAAUUAAAGCAUUUGGGAAAACACUCCAAGAAUACUCAGGAUGGAUGAGGACCAUGUGAAAUCGUGGAAUAAUUACUAAAGGUUCUCCUUUGGCACGCAGUCUACAAUGAUGACUGGGGAGAUAUCUCUUCUCUUUAAUGCGAGUAUCCAGAUAGCAGAGCCCUGCUGUCCGUGACCAGGAUUUCCAAGCACCAACUGAGCAGUCUGGCAACAUCCCCCUGCCCUCUCACUUCUAAAAUCAUCAGUCUGUUAGACCAUCCAUGUCAGUUUGCUAUGACAUACAUAAACAUUGAUGAGAGACAGGAGCACUGUCGGGUAAUUUUGAGCUGCCAGAAUAAUCAGCUGUAUGCACAACAUGGCUUAAAAGAUUUCUCAGUUAGCAACAUGCAUCCACUGAAGAACAUAGACACUCGGAUUUUUACUGGUGAUCUUAAUCCUGUAGGGAAAGCAAACAGCAAUGCAGAGACACAUCUCUAUCGGAGUGUAGAGAAUCUACACUGGCCCUCCGUGGCUGACUCAAGUUUCCAUACCCACUGUGGGAAUGUAGACAAUGAACUCAUUUUCCGUUACAAAGGCACAAAACAUUGGUCCAAGUGUUCCAUGGAAGGUGCCCUAGCCCUCAGCUCACCUGAAUGUUGCCGACGCUUUCCUUCUCCCUCUGAGCAAAUACCACCUUCAGCGCAAGACAUCGCCCUUUCUCCUUGUGCCAAAGUGCCUCCAUGGCUUUUUUCCUCAUCCGUGGAUGGGGAUGCCAAAAGAAACCUAAAGGAAAAACUUAGGCUCCACAGUACUAAAACUGCAGAGAUUUGCAAGCCUCUCAAACCUCAAGCUUCCUUGAACGACCUGGUUACAAGGGAGUGUUCAGAAUGCCAGGCAUGCCAACAAUAUAAGAAUGGCUGUUCAGUUAACUGCUGUACCAUAUUUGUGCAGCAUGCUACCCUCACCCAUGGACCAUGGAUGGCAUUGGGGAGGCAUCGCCCUUGUUUUUCUCGCAGACUGACCAAUCCGGAAGACAUCAAACAAGAAGCUCAGAAAAGGCUGCAAAUCAGAAGACAAAACAGCUCACCCAAUUUAGCUCUUCAUUGUGCUAGUGAAGGACAAGAGAUGGUCAAAUCUCAAACAACCGGAUCCCUAAAAGGGUGCGAGGAGGAAGAGGACACCAAAAGGACACCGGAACUGAGCAGAAAAGGAUACUGCAAAGAGAGGCUGUACAUACCCACUUUUGAGGAGUUCAAGCGGAUGAGACUUAAGGAAAUGUGUUUGCAAAACAGUAAUAAUGAAGCUACAAAAGACGUGAAGGAAGGAACCCAAAAACUAGAAGAAAAGAGAAACCAGAAUCUUUGUGUAGAUGCUCAGCAGAAUCUUAGCAAAGAAACGGUUUCAGCCAUAGAUGAUUAUGAUGACGUGUUCCAUGAAAAUGUUCAAAAUGCUUCUGGCUUAGCUGGCUAUCAAGAUUCUUCAUCCACAUGGGACAGGAGCUUCUGCCUGAUGAAUAUGCCGGUGGAGAGAGACCAUAACAGUGAGAUGCCAAGUUCUGACAGAAUCCCAGACCCGAUUUGUUCUAGCCCAAUUCCAAGACCACCUUUACAGUCUGCUGCUGGUCCUACAGAGGGAGAAAAGGACUUUGCUGAAGGGGACAAGCAGGGGUUGUAUGCCAGACAACUAAGUGAAGUACUUCACCAUGCUGGGCCAUCCCUUGUGUCUGAAACUCAAUCUUCUUGCUGCCCACUACUGUUAGAAGCAACAGAUAUAUCUAGCUACGGAGCUAAGCUACAGAAAAUGAAGGAUGAAUUUAUAGGUUCUGCACUGGACCUCAUCAAGAAGAGUUGCAAUGCUGAAACUGCCACAGAUUCUCCAUCCAAAGGACCGAGUGAACUUGAGAAGGCUGGUCUCACUUUUCUAGAAGACCAUCAUCAACCCACAAACUCCAGCCCCAACUGCCGCAGAUCCAGUUCUGAUAUUUCCCAUGAAACCCCAGACUGUGCAAAAACUCAGCGGGAGUGUCGAUUGCGGCCUCAUUUCAGCGAUCCAAUGCCGACGGAUGCUGUGAAGAGGAAACAGCUGGAGCUGAAGAUAGCUGCGGCAGCGCGGCACCAUGCUCAAAAACGCCGACAAGAGAGAGAGCGCACAAGGACAAAAGCAAACAUCAACCACGGCAGCAGCUUUGAUGAGAACCAUGGUGUUCCAGGUGGCUCUCUUCAUCCCAAGCACCGUUGGAGCAAUGUCAGCAGUCUCAGCGCCGACAGCGGCAUUGUGGGCGGGAACGAGGAGAGGGACAAUGCGGACACCAGCAGUGGAGGGGCGCCAAGGAUGAGAUCAGCUGAGAUGGAGAGGGCAGACAGCGGCAUCAGCCAAGUGCUGACUAGGAAGUGGAGGAGAAGCCGAGCUUCUGACAUGUUGACUUCCCUACAAGCGUGGGAAGCCCACCAGCCGUGCACUGACUGUGGGGGGAGAGAUUUCCCAGUGGAAACAGAUGUUCAGAACCAGAACAAGAGGCGGGCUAACCUCUGUGAGAAAUGCCUGAAAUGCCGAACAGAGCGGAAAGAGUCAGUGCUAGAAUUUGUCAAUACUGAAGCCAGUUAUGGGGAGGAUCUGCGCAUCAUCAAAGAGGAGUUCUACCUCCCCAUGCAAGCAGCUGGCCUCCUAACCCAGGACCAGCUGUUGGUGGUGUUUAGCAACAUACAGGAGUUGAUUGACCUCAAUGAAAACUUUCUGGAGUACCUUCAGGAAGAAAUUGACCAAGCCUUUGAACAGGUAGAGUAUGUGGCCUCCCAUUUCCUUCCCCCUUUCUCUUGUGUGCUUUAUCAAGGACUCUGA